AUGCUACAAAAGGUUUUAUUUCAAUGGGAGGGUCCGGCCUCGGGUCAGGCCUCGGGUCAGGCCUCGGGUCAGGCCUCGGGUCAGGCCUCGGGUCAGGCCUCGGGUCAGGCCUCGGGUCAGGCCUCGGGGCCUCACCCCCCUCUCCCCCCUCACCUGUCUGAAGGGCCUCACCCCCCUCUCCCCCCUCACCUGUCUGAAGGGCCUCUCUCCCCCAUCUCCCCCCUCACCUGUCUGAAGGGCCUCACCCCCCUCACCCCCCCUCACCUGUCUGAAGGGCCUCUCUCCCCCAUCUCCCCCCUCACCUGUCUGAAGGGCCUCACCCCCCUCACCCCCCCUCACCUGGCCUCACCCCCCUCUCCCCCCCUCACCUGUCUGAAGGGCCUCACCCCCCUCUCCCCCCUCACCUGUCUGAAGGGCCUCACCCCCCUCUCCCCCCUCACCUGUCUGAAGGGCCUGCCUCACCCCCCUCUCCCCCCUCACCUGGCCUCUCUCCCCCCCCGCUCCCCCCUCACCUGUCUGAAGGGCCUCUCUCCCCCCCCGCUCCCCCCUCACCUGUCUGAAGGGCCUCUCUCCCCCAUCUCCCCCCUCACCUGUCUGAAGGGCCUCACCCCCCUCUCCCCCCUCACCUGUCUGAAGGGCCUCACCCCCCUCUCCCCCCUCACCUGUCUGAAGGGCCUCUCCCCCCUCACCUGUCUGAAGGGCCUCACCCCCCUCACCCCCCCUCACCUGUCUGAAGGGCCUCUCUCCCCCAUCUCCCCCCUCACCUGUCUGAAGGGCCUCACCCCCCUCACCCCCCCUCACCUGUCUGAAGGGCCUCUCUCCCCCAUCUCCCCCCUCACCUGUCUGAAGGGCCUCUCUCCCCCCUCACCCCCCCUCACCUGUCUGAAGGGCCUCACCCCCCUCACCCCCCCUCACCUGUCUGAAGGGCCUCUCUCCCCCAUCUCCCCCCUCACCUGUCUGAAGGGCCUCACCCCCCUCUCCCCCCUCACCUGUCUGAAGGGCCUCACCCCCCUCUCACCUGUCUGA